AUGAGGCUGCGUAUAGCUAUGGGCACAGCAUACUGCCUCGAUUAUAUGCAUCAGCUCACCCCACCCAUAUUUCAUAGGAACCUCCAAUCUUCCUCUGUAUAUCUGACUGAGGACUAUGCAGCCAAAGUUUCAGACUCCAGUUUCUGGAAUAAGGUAACUGCAGCCAAGAAAGGAUCAGCUGCCACAGAGCUCUUAGAUACGCCAGCAGCAGAUCCAGAAGGCAACAUCCACAGAUUUGGGGUAAUUUUAUUGGAGAUGGUGACGGGAAGGCUAGCCUACUCAGUAGGAAGUGGCUCUCUCACAGGCUGGGCAUGUGACUAUCUGAAUGGGAAUAAACCCUCAAGAGAAAUGGUGGAUCCAACUCUGAAGUCUAUCAAAGAGGAUGAACUAGAGAAACUGCUUCAAGUGGUAAAAAUUUGUAUCCACCCUGACCCGGACAGAGGCCAAUAUAACUUGUUUCUCUAA